AUGCCACCUAGCACGAAACGUAAAUUAGCAGAUGAAUCCCGAUGUUGUCGAAGACUGUCUCUCUUUGCAACUUUCUGUGGUAUCCUCUCUCUACUAAUGCAUACGUACAAGUUUGUUGAAACUGAUGUUACUGAUAAAAUUAUAGAUGAUAGCGCAAUUGAUAAUUUAAAAGCUUCAUUAGAGAAACGAAUAGAUGAGUACAUUUCAGAAAUAGGGGUCACUAAGGACCAUAGAUUAAAGAGAGAAGCAAUGCUGAAAACAUCAGUAGUCCAAGAGGAGAACACGGUGGCUCCUCACGUAGAGUUCUUCAACCCGAAGAUGCGAACAGAGCUGGAGGAGAAAGACGCGGCAGAAAUGAAACGGACGGGUGCGAAGGGCCCUGCACCCGGCGGGGACUCCUGGGUCUGGCUCACCAGUUAUUCCAGGGUACCGUAUAAGGUGGUGCAGGGUUUCUGUAAAGCGACACAGGAUUACUGCCCGCCAGGAGUCCCGGGUCCCAAAGGGCCUGUUGGCAACCGGGGGCCAGUGGGCCCACCGGGAGUAAAAGGUGAACGUGGUUUCCCUGGCAAUCCCGGUCUAGACGGAAGAGAUGGCGUGCCAGGGGAGCCAGGUCUGGACGGUCUGUCAGGUAGGAACGGAGCGGACGGUGCGCCCGGCAGAGACGGGAGAGAUGGCAUGCCGGGCAAAGACGGUAGCCCUGGGAAAAACGGAAAGGAUGGAAAAGAUGGAAAGCCUGGAGCCAUCGGACCCCAAGGUGUACGAGGACCUAAAGGCGACCGAGGUCCAAUAGGACCUAAAGGACAACGAGGUAACGACGGCCGCGACGGCUUACCUGGCAGGCCUGGCCUCUCCAUAUACAACUACACCAAGGAAAAGGAACUCUUUAUCCCGCCUACUUUCUCACAGGAGCAUACGCGUGUGAUAGUCAGAGAAGGUGACACUCUCCGCAUCAGCUGCAAUCCAAUGGGACGACCUGACCCGACUAUCGAGUGGCGUAGAGUCGACGGCAAUGCUAUCAUUCAGGGUCCAUGGCGUGAUGCUUCAGUUAAUGGCCACCUGCUGAACAUCCCCAACGUGUCUCGCUGGCACACCGGCACCUACGUUUGCAUGGCUAACAACGGGAUGCUGCCUUCCGCCAACCAGACCACGGAUGUUGAGAUACAUUUCAGUCCAUACAUCCGUGUGCCCAAUAAUAUUGUCUACGUAUUCAACAAGACAGCGAAGAUCGAAUGCGAGAUUCAAGCAUGGCCCGAACCAGUACUCGCAUGGGAGGUCGACGGCGUAACCCUCGAGGGUCCGAGGUACCGGACCGAGGUAGCAACCACCGGAGAUCCCUGGCGAUGGGUGAUGCGUCUAGAGGUUCCGGGCGUCAGGGACCAUGAUCUAAGACAGUACAGCUGCGUAGCCAAGAAUGAACUUAAUAAUCAGACUGUUAAAGGUCACAUUCGUUUGAUGUACCCAGGUCCGAACACCAACAACAUAGUAGAGCAACCAAUGGAGUACGGGUCCCGUCCGCCACCGUUUACGUCAUACGAGGAGCUGUGCCAGGUGCGGCGGUGCCCGGCCUGUCCGAGCUGCCACCGCGCCAAUCUCCUUAUAUCUACAAUGAACGCCACCGCUGGCUUCAAGCCCAGGAGGAAUACCAACUGCCAGCUUUACGCGAUCGGCAAACCGGUGUACCAUCGAUACAAAGACGAACUGUUCGGAGCAUGGCUUAGAGAUUCUAAUGCUACAGAAUCACAGAGAGAAAAACUAUGGACGACACAGGAGAGCGACGUAGAGCGUCUACGCGAGUACCGCAGCAAGGCCAGCUUCAAAGCCGACCAUGUGGAUGAAUACCAUAAGCUGCAGAAACCGUUCUUUGGUAACGGUCACAUCGUGUACAGCGGGUCCUUUUUCUACCAAGCGAACGAGUCUGGUCAUCCCGGCGACAUUAUCCGCUACGACCUCACGCAGAGCCGCAUCAAGUCCGUACACCUGCCGCACGCAGACGGUCGACUCUACACCGCACAACACAACCAGGUUGACUUCAGUGCUGAUGACAACGGACUGUGGGUGAUCUAUUCCAUUGAGGACUCCAACAACACAGCCGUAGCCAAGCUAAACUUCGACCCAAACAAGGACGACCUCAACAUCGAAUACAUUUGGAACAUAUCUCUCAAUCAUAAACAGGUUGGUGAAAUGUUCAUAGUCUGUGGCGUGCUUUACGCAUUGGAUUCGGCGACAGAGCGGGAAAGCAAGGUCUCAGUUGCUAUAGACUUGUACCUCAGCAAGCCGCUAGAGGUCUCUUUACAGUUUACUAACCCAUUCCGCAAAACCACGCAGCUAGGAUACGACCAUAUACACAAGGAAUUAUACUCGUGGGAUCGCGGGAAUCAACUUACCUAUCCAGUCAGAUAUAACGAAAUGCCUGGGCCGUAGCAAACAAAAUAAAUAAUUGCAGUUUU